UGAACAGCAGAGUGAUGAGCUGAGCUCGUCCUCGGCGAGCUGCUGACUGACCAACCGACCAAUCGACUGACCCAUAAUCAUGUGACCCACGUGUGGUCGCUUUAGCCUCUGCUGCACCUGUUGGGCGGAAUUAUUAUCCACAGCGGAGAUCUGUCUGUCUGCUCUGCUCCAUCCAUCCCUCUGCUCGCGUGGACAGCUGAGAGAAGAAGAAGAUGAUGGACAACACUACAGACCAGGGAGCUGAGGUUAAUUCUUCCUUUGGUUCACCAGUCGGAUGCAGAAGUUUGUCUGCAAACAUGGAGGAUCCUUGGCUCUUCAAAUACCAGAGAAAUGACGACGAGGCCGUGGUGGACAGAGGAGGGACACGUUCCCAACAGAGGGCCAACUUUGAGCAGGAAGAUCUUGAAGGUCACAGGACUCUCUACAUCGGUGUCCACAUCCCCAUGGGCAGUACCAGGCACAACAGCCAGCGCAGGCGCCAUCACCAUGGAAACAAGCACAGAAGGAAGAGCAGGGACCGGGCCCUCACCUUGGUUGAGGGGAGAGAGUCUCCUGUUUAUGACACUCCAUCCCAGAGAGUGCAGUUCCUGCUUGGAGCCGAGGACGACGACGAGGAGCACAUUCCCCAUGACCUCUUCACAGAGAUGGAUGAGAUCUGUGUGACGGAUGGAGAGGAUUCUGGGUGGAGGGAAACUGCCAGGUGGCUGAAGUUUGAGGAGGAUGUUGAGGACGGAGGAGAGCGGUGGAGCAAACCCUACGUGGCCACGCUGUCACUGCACAGUCUGUUUGAGCUGCGCAGCUGCAUUAUCAACGGCACUGUGCUGCUCGACAUGAGGGCCAAAACCAUGGAUGAGAUUGCAGACCUGGUCCUGGACCAUCAGGAGUUACUCUCACCACUGGGUGACGAGCUCAGAAAGAAAGUCCGGGAGACACUUUUGAAGCAGCACCAUCAUCAGAACCAGAAGAAACUGGCUAACCGCCUUCCUAUUGUACGCUCACUCGCCGACAUGGGGCGGCGGGCAUCAGAGCUUCACUUGGACAAGAAUGGUCAGAUGUCGUCUUCCCAGUCUCAGUUAGCGGGUCAGGAUGGAAAAGGAGACGCCAGUAGAGAGAACAGUUCUUUUGACUUCAGCAAGAUAGACCUUCAUUUCAUGAAGAAGAUUCCACCAGGUGCUGAAGCCUGUAACGUGUUAGUGGGAGAGCUGGAUUUUCUCAACAAACCAGUGGUGGCGUUUGUUCGUCUUUCCCCAGCGGUUUUACUCAGUGGUCUGGCUGAAGUUCCCAUUGCUACAAGGUUUCUGUUCAUUCUCCUGGGGCCCUUGGGUAAGGGCCUUCAGUAUCAUGAGAUUGGUAGGUCCAUUGCAACACUUAUGACAGAUGAGGUUUUCCAUGAUGUUGCAUAUAAAGCUAAAGAUCGAAAUGAUCUGAUCACCGGGAUUGAUGAAUUUCUCGAUCAGGUGACAGUUCUGCCUCCAGGAGAGUGGGACCCGUCUAUACGGAUCGAGCCACCAAAAAAUGUACCGUCUCAGGAGAAGAGGAAGAAAAACAACAUUUUACCCAAUGGUUUAGCUGGUGGCGAUGAGGAGGAUGAAAACAGUGGUCACUGUGGCCCAGAACUGCAGCGCACUGGAAGAUGGUUUGGUGGACUCAUUCUCGAUAUCAAGCGAAAGGCACCGUCCUACCUGUCUGACUACACUGAUGCUAUGAGUUUGCAGUGCAUCGCCUCUUUCCUGUUCCUCUACUGCGCCUGCAUGUCUCCUGUCAUCACCUUCGGAGGACUACUGGGCGAGGCAACAGAAGGACGCAUUAGUGCGAUUGAAUCGCUGUUUGGAGCCUCACUGACUGGAAUAGCCUAUUCCCUCUUUGCUGGGCAGCCUCUCACCAUUCUGGGCAGCACAGGACCGGUGCUUGUAUUUGAAAAGAUAUUAUUCCAAUUUUGCAAGCAGUAUGGCUUAUCCUAUCUGUCACUGAGGACAUGUAUUGGUCUGUGGACAGCUUUCCUCUGUCUUGUGCUGGUGGCCACAGACGCCAGUUCCCUCGUCCGUUACAUCACACGCUUCACAGAGGAAGCGUUCGCCUCACUCAUCUGCAUCAUCUUCAUCUACGAGGCGCUGGAGAAACUUUUCCACCUGGGGGAUCACUAUCCCUUCAAUAAGAACAACAACCUGGACAAACUCACCACGUACUCAUGCUCUUGUGUUGAGCCUUCUGACCUCAACAAUGGCACCAUGAAGUUCUGGGAGAUCAACAAUGUCACUCCCUCAGAAAUCUACUGGGAGGCGCUGGAGGUCAAGGACUGCAUUGAGAAGCGAGGCGAGUUUGUGGGCAGUGCCUGUGGCCCACAUGGGCCCUAUGUUCCCGAUGUCCUCUUCUGGUGUGUUAUUCUCUUCUUUUCCACUGUCUUCAUGUCCGCCUUCCUAAAGGAGUUCAGGUUCAGCAAUUACUUUCCCACAAAGGUGAGGGCCGUCAUUAGUGACUUUGCUGUUUUCUUCACCAUCGUUACUAUGGUCUUAGUCGACUACACCUUAGGGAUUCCCUCUCCAAAGCUUAAUGUUCCCAGUGUGUUUAAGCCAACUAGGGAUGACCGAGGUUGGUUCAUCAACCCGCUGGGGCGCAACCCCUGGUGGACGGCAGUCGUCACGUUGAUACCAGCUCUACUUUGCACCAUUCUCAUUUUCAUGGACCAGCAGAUCACUGCUGUCAUCAUCAACAGGAAGGAGCACAAGCUCAAGAAAGGCUGUGGGUACCACCUGGAUCUGUUCAUGGUGGGGGUGAUGCUUGGUGUGUGCUCCUUGAUGGGUUUGCCGUGGUUCGUGGCAGCCACCGUCCUCUCCAUCAGCCACGUCAACAGCCUAAAGCUCGAGUCCGAGUGCUCAGCUCCCGGUGAGCAGCCCAAGUUCCUCGGCAUCAGAGAGCAACGCUUCACUGGCCUCAUGAUCUUCACUCUGAUGGGCUGCUCUGUCUUUAUGACAUCUGUGCUGAAGUUCAUCCCUAUGCCUGUGUUGUAUGGAGUGUUCCUUUACAUGGGAGCGUCUUCUCUGCGAGGAAUUCAGUUCUUUGACCGUCUGACACUGUACGGCAUGCCGGCCAAGCACCAGCCAGACUUCAUCUAUCUCCGACAUGUGCCCCUGAGGAAGGUGCACCUGUUCACCAUCAUUCAGCUCAGCUGUUUGGUUCUGCUCUGGGUCAUCAAGACCUCCAGGGCUGCCAUCGUCUUCCCGAUGAUGGUCUUAGCUCUCGUGUUCAUCAGGAAGUUGAUGGACUGCAUCUUCACCAAGAGAGAGCUGAGCUGGCUGGACGACCUCAUGCCAGAGAGCAAGAAGAAGAAGCUUGAGGAUGCUGAAGAGGAGGAGGAGCAGAGUAUACUGGCAGAAGAUGAGGGAGUAGAACAAAUGCCGUUAGACGGGUACAAAGGAUUACCCGUCAUCAACAUCACGGAUGAAAUGUCAAAAGGCUCCUUUGGAAACACAUGGAAUGCCAGUAGUUCUUUUCUGUGAAUUCUCGGUCUGUGUUGAGGGCAGACCAAGAAUUUUGCAGAUUAUGGGGUGUCAAACUCACGUGGACCUCCUUUGAAAAUCAUGUUAUCAUGAGCUGAAGCACAGCUGCCAGCCAGGUAUGGCAAUAUUUUUACAAUAGUAAUAAUUAUGACAUUUCAUUGUAAUCAGCGCGUGAUUAAAUGUAUUACAAUUAUAUAUAUGUGUGUGUGUAUAUAUAUGCAUAUUUAUAUAUAUGCAUAUAUUCUUGUUUGGUGAUUCAGUUACAGUUGUCCACGUUAUUAUUUAGUAAACGUUAGACUUAUUUCUGUUCUUGAUAUUUAUAGAUUGUGAUGUUUUUAUUGUGAAGUACACCUCAUUCAAUAUCAAAACAAACACUUUUACUUUGAAAUCGGUGAGAUAUCGUUGUUAAUCUCUUAAAUUCUCUAGACCGCCCUCCUACUGGCCAGAUUAGACGCUCAUUGUCUCCCCCAGGUCAUUUGAGUUUGACACCCCUGUUGGAAACAAGAUGUUCCGCAUGAAAUGAGAGAAAGAUGAAGGACGAUGUUGUGCGUCUCUGUUGCUGUCACGUCUGUGUGUUUAUCACCAAAUCUACAUUGUGCGGCGUGGAUUAUAAAUCCUACAAAUCAGUUUUUUUGUAAAUGUGUGUGGUAUCUUAUGUGUCUCAAACAGUCUUGUCUGCUCUUUCAGUUUGUCCUUCUGUGUAAACUGUAAAAAUGGAAAGCCAAGAGUAUUCACUCUUGAUUUCAAGUCGUCUACAUGUUGUUUUAUUGUAUUGCUGUAAACCUUGCAUUUUGAGAUUAUCAUUCCAUUGGAUCCUUUAUUCAUAUAAUAACCAGGCCGUAUUGUUAAAAUAAAUCUGAUGAUUUUUUUUUCCUGAAAAGUCACAUGGAAAACCCUGCAUAAUGCACAUUUUUCUCAUGUGACGGCUUUAAAAUUUUGCCUUGCAACCCUUAAGUAGCAAAAGAUGACAUGCUUUAGAGUAUUUACAAAGAACAGUAUUAUGUACAUCUGUUCAAAAACAAAUACUUAAAUACUUUCUAGGUGAAAAUAUAAAUAUUCCAAUACAUAUUUACAUGAGAAAUUAAGUAUUUAUAUGUUUGUGUAAUUAAAUAAUUGCUGCAGAAUAUAUUGUAGCCUAACAGACCCUUGGAGUAUGUUAUUGCUUAAGUGUGUUAAUAUAAACAUGGAUAUCAAGAAUACUGUAAAAAUUAAUAAGCAAUAUCAUGAAGCCAUUUUCCCCCUAAAUGAUUAAAAAACUCCUCUGAAGAGGCUGAAUUGUCAGUGUUAUCCGAAUGUAAUAAAUACUUACGAGCA